GCUUAUAUAUUUCAUACCUACAUACCCAAAGAAAAUGUCGCAGUCACAGCAGUCACAAGCAACGCAAAAAGCCAGGGAAUUUCUUUGUCUAUUUGUUGAACUGGUUGAGAAAUACAGUAAAUUCGGAUUAAAGCCCUGUGAGAUGAAGGAAUCGCAAGUAUGGCGAUAUGCUAGUGGAAGUCAAGUAACUAAACGUCUUGCACUUCCUGAACUCAUAGACUUCGAACCUUUUUGA